CUUUCCUAGGGCAUGGCCCAUUCGGUGGUGUGACUGUCUCUGGGAAACCUCAGUGACACAGCACUGGCACCAUGAAGAUCAUUGGGGGGCUGCUUCUGCUCUGCACAGUGACCUAUUUCUGCAGCAGUUCAGAAGUUGCCAGUCGGACUCUAACAACAGUGGACUGCAGCAUUUACAAGAAGUACCCAGUGGUGGCCAUCCCCUGCCCCAUCACAUACCUGCCAGUUUGUGGUUCUGACUACAUCACAUAUGGAAAUGAAUGUCACUUGUGUACCGAGACCUUGAAAAGUAAUGGAAAAGUCCAAUUUCUUCAUGAAGGAACAUGCUGACUUCUUUACAGACAUGGACAGAGAGCAGUGAUGUCCUCAUGUCAUGGUCUUCAGUGUCCCUGGGCUCUCACUUCCCUGCAUCUGUGCUGAUGCUCUGCGGGGGAGGGUGGGGGAUGUGGAGCCAGAUUCAGAGUCACCUUUACUGAAUGAAGAAGUUGUGCUCUUGCUUAUGAUCUCAUGCUUCAUGGACAGAAUGGCUUCUUUUUACACCUCAAUAAAGGAGCCUCCCCAGAGAGAGUA